AUGAAAGGCAAAAAAAUAUUAGAAACAUGGCUUUUAAAGAUUGUUCGUGUUACUCUUUCAGAUUCUCGAAUAUUCAUAGGGAAAUUCGUCUGCGUAGAUAAAGAUGGAACAAUGAUUCUUUCCAAUACACAAGAAUUUAACAAAGAAAAAAAACGAUCAAUAGGAUUAGUUGUGCUUCCAGGAAAAAAUAUUAUACGAUUUGAAAUUUGUACACAAGAAAUAAUUAUAUAA